AUGAAUCCGGGUGAUUCACAUCUUGCUCAUGGAAUAGGUUAUAUAAGACGUUUUGCUAUUCGUGAACAGUUGUACAAAGCGAUAGAUGCCAAGUCUUACGGAAUCAUCGAAUUUCCAGAUAAUAGAUAUAAAAAAGCGCAAUUUAUUCGUGUUGCACCGGAUACUUCGAUUGACCAUAUUAAACAUUUAUUAUUUAAUGUUUGGAGUGAUACACAGCCCAGUCUCGUUAUUUCCAUUACAGGCGGUGCAAAAAAGUAUAAAAUGCCUCCAAGAAUGGUCAAAGCUUUUCGACAAGGUUUAUUGAAGGUGGCUAGUUCAACAGGUGCAUGGAUUAUAACUGGUGGACUGAAUACAGGUAUCAUGAAAUUAAUUGGUGAGAUAGUACGGGUGAAGCCUGUCAGUAAGCUCAAAUCGAGACCAAUUAAUUUAAUCGGAAUUGCGACAUGGGGUUGUGUUGCUGGUGCUACUGAUCGUUUAGUUGUACAAGGUGAAGUUGUUCGAUAUCCAAAACAACGUGAAGAAGUACAAGGAGAAGCUUCACUAGAACCGAAUCACACCAAUUUCUUGUUGAUUGAUGAUGGUCUAAUUCAUAAAUAUGGUGGUGAAAUACAGUUUCGUGCAAGAUUAGAAAAGGCGAUUAGUGCAACGGGAAAUCGACAAUUACACCAAUUACCAUCAUUCUCAGAACGAACAGAACCAUUAGUUCUAUUAGAAGCGAAAUCGACUCCAGUGCCCGUUGUUUUACUUGUUAUUGAAGGAGGACCGAACACAAUCAGGACGGUCCAUGAGGCCGUUGUUCAAAAUAGUAUACCGGCUGUUCUAUUUGACGGAACCGGACGUUGUUGCAAUUUUUUUGGUAAAGUUUAUCGUAAAUAUUUGGAAUAUAAAGAUCAGUUAAUACCGCCUAAAAAUGCGACACAAAGUGAGAAUAUUACGACAACUAAACCGAUAACUGAAGAAGAAGUCAAACAGAUUCUUCGUGCAGAAGUUGCAGAAGACAUAAAAAAAUUUCGAGGAAAAGACAACUUAGACCAAACAGAUUAUUUUCAAAUGGUUUACGAAUGUAUUCACAAAAAAUUUAAAUUGCUAACAAUAAUUGGAUUUAAUCUUGACGAUUUAACCGAACCAGAUAUCGAUUUAGUUAUAUUGAAGGCAUUAUUAAUUGCAUCAAAUAUCGAGUAUCAUGCCGAGUCGGAAGAUGGGACUAAGUCAGCUUGUUAUUUCCGACGUAAACUUGAACAAUUGCAAUUAGCUCUUGACUGGGAUCGAGUGGAUAUCGCCAAAACUUAUAUAAUGACUGACAAAGAAGAUUGGGCGGAAAUUGAUUUAAAUAAGUUAUUUAUCACGGCAUUAGAACGUAAUCAAGUAAAUUUUAUCAAAUUAUUUCUUGAACAUGAUUUUUCAUUAACAAGUUUAUUUGAAAAUUACGAUAAAUUAUCAGUUCUGUACCGAAUGUUGGAUUCAUCGCCGCAUACUUCUAGUUACUAUCGUUCAUUAGACAUACAUCUGGAUGAUAAUACAGAUGGAAAUAUUGGAGCGAAUGAUACAUUGUAUUAUAUUUAUAGACGAUAUAUAAAACCGCUAAUCGGAGACUUUUUUGAAAUUGAUGCUGUGUUAGGGACAACGACAUUUGAGGAUAAUACUUCCAGUAAUAAUCCGUCACGACAGAACUCAGAGGCAUUCAUCGAAGAUAUGGAUAUUGAUAAAUUAUUAUUGUUUUGGGCUGUAUUGACUAAUAAACAGGAUUGUGCUCUAUUAUUUUGGUCGCGAACUAAAAAUAAAAUUUGCGCCGCACUCACAGCUAAUUUACUUUACACAAAAAUUAUAGCAAAUAAAAGAUUUCAAUAUGAUAAAGGAUUAUGUCAAGAAAGAGCACAUGAAUUUGAACAAUUGGCUAUUAAUCUGUUAAAUUUACUCUAUAAAUAUCACAAACGUGAAUGCACUUAUUCAAUUGUUAGACAAAUACCAUCGUAUGGAAAUUGUACUUGGCUAUCAAUAGCAGCAGAAGCAAAUGCUAAAAAUUUUAUAGCGCAUAGAGCAGUUCAAGAUGUACUCAAAAAUAUAUGGUAUGGCUAUAUUCAUGAAGAAACGUCCGAUACAAUGAUUGUUUUGUCAUCGUUUAUACCAUUGCUUAGUGGUUUUAUAAACUAUCAAACUUCACUUAUUUAUGUUGAUGCUGAUCAAGCUGUUAGUGACGAAGUAAAAUAUUAG